AUGUCUACCAUUGCCUUGUCGUCGUCGUCAUCGGCACCCGAUCCCUUGAUUGUGCCGCAACCACAACACGUGGAUGAUGAAGCGGCCAGCGAUGACGACGACGAGGGUGGCGUGGUCGCGGUAGACCCCGUUCGCAUUGACGUUGGGACAGGCAAACCCGGCAUCCCGAUGUCCCGCAUCGAUCGCUUCCUGCGAGGCUACACCAUUUUCAUGUCGUCGCCGUUGCGUCAAGAUCGCAGUCUCAAACUUUUGCAGUACACGUUGUGGGCGGCCGCGCAGGCUUACGGAAAGGAUAGUAAGGGUCGUGCCGGUCUCGUCAAGCUUUCGCUAGACCUUUGCCUCACUCGCGUUGCCAAUCGUUUGUUGGGAUUUCCCACGGCUUUGGAAGCCGCCCGGUCAGGUAGUUGGGCCGUGCCCAGUCAACGCCAUCCUCAGUUGUUCCGAGCCUUGGGAAAAUUCUUGGCCUGGACCAUGGUAGGAUACUAUCCCACCGAACACGUCGCGUACUUGCACUGGAUGGCGCCGUCUUGGUUGGCCAGUGGAAGGUCGGCGGAAGUCUUCUCGGCUUGGAGUUGUCGCUGUUGGACGGCUUACAUUUUGGCCGAAUCGGCUCAGUGUAUUCUGCAAUGGCGCGAACUGGCGUACAACGACCGAGUCCCAGCAGUGAACGAGGACGACAACUACGAAAAGGAGCACAAACUAAACUUGGAACGCACGCGGUCGGAAUGCCGUCACUUGGAACUCCAAUUGGUCCGCAACGCCUUGUGGAUUUUACCCGCCGUGCACUGGUCGCUCCCGAACUGGGACCGCAACCCGCUCCUGUCGUCCGGAACGCUCAAUACGCUCAUGUUUCUCGAAUCCCUCGUCUCCAUGUACCAAACCGUACGGUCGUUCCCGACAAUCGAUGGACUGCUGAACUAUAUUCCUGGAUUAGGUAGUAGUUCGUUUACAGUUAUUGUAGAAAUCUCGGAUGCAAAACAAACAAUGGCCCAAGUUGAAGUUCCGCAUUCCAAUUCUUCGAUCCAGAUCUAUCUAAUUACGCCUUCCAACUUUCUCCUCAUCGAAGAACGUGCCUGGCCAACUCCACCAUCAUGCGAGUUUAUGGCCCUGGAUAUCAGUGAAAUGAAAAGUCACCAUGGCGAUCAACGCGAUUCUACUUUAAAGCUGUCAGCCUUCUUUGAAGUGAAUGAAAGCAGAAGGUGA